AUGACGGUGUUUACUAAACCUAUAGAUAUUUUAGAGAAACCAAUCAUACUUAAUACGCCAUACGUCCAAGAUGGGAGUCGAAGCGAGUCACGAGUGGAUAUCCCGGGAGAAGAAUAUCUCCCAAACUCCACACAGUCAGUCAAGGGGCUGAUGUAUCUCUUGGUGUCUGUGGUCAUGCUCCUGGCCUUAGGGGUGACAUCCAUUGUUGUAAUGUUGAGGCAGUACAAGUCAGGGUUCAACAACUACCAGACAAUUUGCCAGAUUGCUGUGCCAAGGGAUUUCUCUGAGAAGUUUUCAGAGGGCCACUAUCGCCAUCUGCCUAUCACCUGGCUCCCAAAUCCCAUGCUGCAAGUGGUCAGCACUGUUGACGAACCCGAGAGCGAUGAUAUCAUGAACAUGCUGAACGAGGAGUUGGAUAUCGGUGACACUGUGGAGAAGAUCGUGGUCGUGGACAAUGGCCGUCAAGUCAACUUCAUUCAUGAUUUUAGCGACAACGUUACUGGUAUCGUAGAUGAUGAGCGUUGCUUUGUGAUGGACCUCGAGCCUGACCUGGUGAUGCCUCCAGAAUUGUUCAUGGCGGGGUUGACAUCUGGCGACCAAUUUGAUAUAUCCAAGGUGCGCACACAUCUACGCGCGGCCCUGCCGGCGAUUUUCGAUCUGGCCAAGACUGCUCAAAAGAUGGCUGAAACGUGCUUCGCAAGGCCUACCUAUCGCCUGUAUCGGGACGAGGAUGAUAUUGAAAAACGAUCAACGGACACAAAAGUCCACGACUACAUCCAGUUUUCAGGCAAGCACGUGCAAGAAAUCAAGAUAGACAACAUCGCUGAAAUACUCAAGUACGAAGAGACACUCAACAAGAAGAAGAACUAA